GGCAUGCUAUCCUAGAGAGCCAAAAUGAAGAAAGCACACCGGGCAAAACUGCCCGAAAAUGUACCGCAUCGUGAACCCAAACGAGACUGACUGGCGCCGACCUGGGGCGAGAAAACUUGGGCGAUGCGAUGUCGCUACAGCAUCCUCAAAGACAAUCACCAUCCACCAAUCGCCACCACGUGUGCAAGCUAGGCAGAGAUGUUGCUGCCGAGCGAAAGUUUAAGAUUUCAACCGUACAAAUUGUGAGUGCUACACCUAGGAUGACAAUUAAGGUUGAGAUUGUCCUGACCGGUGAUUCCGAUGGUGUAUUCUAUCCGGGCCAGGAAGUCAAAGGAGAGGUGAUUGUGAUUCUGACCAAAACGAUUCGCGUUUCACGAAUAAAAUUGUCCGUCUGUGGCGUCGGCAAGACGGAAUGGAGUGAGGUCGAUAGCGAAUCGGGACGAUAUCUAAAUCUGGAGCAGUUUUUGUUUCAAGUUAACGACGCAGCUUCCAGUACGAUCUACAGUGGAAAGGAACGAUACCUGUACUCGGAGCUUAUUUUAGCACAAAUUAAUGAUUUCGUUCCUGCCGGUGGUUAUACGUACGGGUUUGCAUGUCCUUUGCCGGAAACUAUACCCGCCUCAUUCGAGGGCACAGACGGACACAUACGCUACUCGCUGACGGCAACCCUGGAGCGACCUUGGAAGCCUUCCAAAAGUCAUAACUACCCAUUUCAAGUGCUACGACAUUUGGAUCUAAACGAAGAGUUACUGUUGCCGAUCAAAGCCACUCACAGUAAAGCGCUAGGCUGCUGGCCGUGUCUUCCCUCGGGCAAUCUUACAAUGUCUGUGCAGCUGAUUUCCAACGGUUUCGUUCCUGGGCAGCUCAUACCGGCUCUAAUUCAGGUAGAUAGUCGAAGAAAUAUAAAAAUUCGUAAAAUUACUACCGUCUUGAUUCGGAAAACAACGUACAGUGCCAGAUCGCCCAAGCCCAGGCAGCGAGUCGAAAGUGUAGUGAUCGGGAAACAUGUUUCACCAGGCAUCACGCUGCCGGAAGGUGGUGUUCUGGCUGAAGAUAACCUGCAAGUGCCAUUGGUGCCUCCGACCAGCUGCUAUGCCAAGUUGCUCCAAACGAGCUACGAACUGAAGGUGGCACUGGAAAUAGAUACGUUCUUUCUGCAGGAUCCUCAUUCCGUGAUCACGGUUCCAGUUGUGAUUGGAACCAUAGGCGAGCGGGAGCUGGAGGUUUCAGAAGAAGAAUCCGUGCAUCUGUGGUCGCGUUAGCGUUAUCAUUUCAUUCAGUGGUGUAUGAGAGCGUUUUUUCAUUCCUCAAACUUCAUGUGAUAACAGUAUAA